CUCCCUGGGCUGCAGCAGCCUGUCCUCAGCUUCGCCUGCCGACAGUCCACGGUGGGCAUGCUGAGGCUGCCCCUGUCCUGUGCACAGAAGCGUCCAGGGGGCCCCCAUGCGGCCAGCCACAGCCAGGGGCGGCCUCUGCCGCCUGUCCACCUACCUGGAAGAACUCGAGGCUGUGGAACUGAAGAAGUUCAAGCUGUACCUGGGGACCGCGACAGAGCUGGGGGAGGACAAGAUCCCCUGGGGACGACUGGAGACCGCGGGGCCCCUGGAAAUGGCCCAGCUGCUCGUGGCCCACUUGGGGACCAGGGAGGCCUGGCUGCUGACUCUCCACAUCUUUGAUCAGAUCCACAGGAAGGACCUGUGGGAGAGAGGACAGAGAGAGGAGCUGGGGAGAGUUACUCCAGCGGGUGGUUGGUGCUCACUUGGAAGUCCAUCAGCAGGCCUUGUGGAAGUCUGUCCCGACACUCCAAGGAAAGAUCCCCGGGAAACCUACAGGGACUAUAUCCGCAGGAAAUUCCGGCUGAUGGAGGACCGCAAUGCGCGCCUCGGGGAAUGCGUCAACCUCAGCCGCAGGUACACCCGGCUGCUCCUGGUGAAGGAGCACGCCGAUCCCAUGCGGGCCCAGCAGAAGCUUUUGGACACAGGCCGGGGACACGCGAGAGCCAUGGGACACCAGCCCAGCCCCAUCCAGAUAGAGACCCUCUUUGAGCCAGACGAGGAGCGCCCAGAACCACCACGCACCGUGGUCUUGCAGGGGCCAGCGGGGAUGGGGAAGUCCAUGCUGGCCCACAAGCUCAUGCUGGACUGGGCGGAUGGGAGGCUCUUCCGAGACAGGUUUGAUUAUCUUUUCUACAUUAACUGCCGGGAGCUGAACCGGAGCGCCGACGAGCAGAGCCCGCAAGACCUCCUCUCCGGCUGCUGGCCGGAGUCCAGGGUGCCCCUGCGGGAGCUCGCCUGCGCCCCCGAGCGCCUGCUGCUCAUCCUCGACGGCUUCGACGAGCUCAAGCCUGCUUUCCACGAUCCCCAGGGACCCUGGUGCGUCCGCUGGGAGGAAAGACGUCCCACCGCGCUGCUCCUUGGCAGCCUGAUUCGGAAGAAGCUGCUGCCCGAGAUGUCCCUGCUCAUCACCACGCGGCCCUCGGCCUUGGAGAAGCUGCACCGCUUGCUGGAGCACCCCAGGCACGUGGAGAUCCUGGGCUUCUCCGAGGAGGAAAGGGAGGAGUACUUCUCCAAGUAUUUCCGCAGUGCCGAGCAGGCCAGCCAAGUCUCGAGUUUCGUGAGGGACAACGAGCCCCUCUUCACCAUGUGCUUUGUCCCCAUGGUGUGCUGGGUCAUUUGCACCUGCCUCAAGCAGCAGCUGGAGGGCGGGGAGCUCUUGAGACAGCCUUCCAGGACCACCACCGCCGUGUACACGCUCUACCUCCUGAGUCUAAUGCAACCCAGACCAGGGACCCCGACCCUCAAACGCCCUCUUAACCCCAGGGGGCUGUGCUCUCUGGCAGCAGAGGGCCUGUGGCAUCAGAAAAUCCUGUUUGAGGAGCAGGACCUCCGGAAACACGGCCUGGAUGGGGUGGAUGUCUCUGCCUUCCUCAACACCACCAUCUUCCAGAAGGACAUAGACUGUGAAAAGUCCUACAGUUUCAUCCACCUGAGCUUCCAGGAGUUCUUUGCGGCCAUGCACUACGUCCUGGAGGGUGGGGGAAGUGGGCCAGGCCCAGGCCAGACCCUGGCUGGGCUGUUGACCGAAUACGGGUUUUCAGAAAGGAGUUUCCUUGCGCUCACAGUCCGCUUCCUGUUUGGGCUACUGAAUGAGGAGCUGAGAAGCCACCUGGAGAAGCAUCUUUGCUGGAAGGUCUCCCCGCACGUCAAGAUGCACCUGCUGGAGUGGAUCCAAAGCCAAGCUGGGAGCCAGGGCUCCACCCUGCAGCAGGGCUCCCUGGAGCUCUUCAGCUGCCUCUAUGAGAUCCAGGAGGAGGAAUUCAUACAACAGGCCCUGAGCCACUUCCAGGUGGUGGUGGUCAGCGACAUCGCCACCAAGAUGGAGCACAUGGUCUGCUCCUUCUGUGCCAGGAGCUGCAAGAGGGUCCUGGUCCUGCACUUGAAUGGAGCUGCCCACAGUGCCGACCAGGAAGGCAGCUCCAGGAGGACUUCUGGGACAUGGGCAUCCUCAGUGCGGUCAGCUGAGAGGAGCCUGCUGCCGGAUUCCUACAGUGAGCACCUUGCUGUGGCGCUGAGCACCUGCCCUGACCUGACAGAGCUGGCUUUGUACCGGAAUGCCCUGGGCAGCCGCGGGGUGCAGUUGCUCUGCCAAGGACUCAGACACCCCCGCUGCCGGCUGCAGAACCUCAGGCUGAAGAGGUGCUGCUUCUCCAGCUCUGCCUGCCAGCACCUGGCCACAGCCCUCACUGCCAACAAGAAUUUAAUCAGGAUGGAUCUGAGCAGCAAUAGCCUGGGGCUCCCCGGCAUGACCUUGCUCUGCGAGGGGCUGCGGCACCCCCAGUGCAGGCUGCAGAUGAUUCGGUUGAGGAAGUGUCUGCUGGACGCGGGGGCUUGUGGGGAGAUGGCCUCUGCGCUGAGCGCCAGCCCACACCUGGAGGAGCUGGACCUGACAGGAAACCCCCUGGAGGACUCGGGCCUGCGGCUGCUGUGUCAAGGCCUGAGGCACCCAGGCUGCAGGCUGCGCACCCUGUGGUUGAAAAUCUGCCACCUCACAGCUGCUGCCUGUGAAGACCUGGCCUCCACCCUCAGUGUGAACCAGGGUCUGACAGAGCUGGACCUGGGGCUGAACGACCUGGGGGACCCCGGGGUGCUGCUGCUGUGCGAAGGCCUCAAGCACCCCAAGUGCAAUCUCCAGACCCUAAGGUUGGGCAUCUGCAGGCUGGGCUCCGCCGCCUGCGCGGGCCUCUCCGAGGUGCUGCGGCUCGGCGGCCGCCUCCGCGAGCUGGAUCUGAGCUUCAACGACCUGGGAGACGCGGGCCUGCGGCUGCUGGCCCAGGGGCUGCAGCAGCCCACCUGCAGGCUGCAGAAGCUGUGGCUGGACAGCUGCGGCCUCACUGCCCAAGCCUGUGAGGACCUCUCCUCCACGCUGGGGCGCAACCAGACCUUGACGGAGCUCUACCUGACCAACAACGCGCUGGGGGAUGCGGGCGUGCGGCUGCUCUGCCAGGGCCUCAGACGCCCGCGCUGCAGACUCCGAGUGCUCUGGUUGUUCGGGGUGGACCUGAGCGAGACCACCCACAGGCGGUUAGCAGCCCUGCGCAGGUCAAAGCCCUCCUUGGACCUGGGCUGCUGAGGGCGCUGCCUGUGCUCAGGAAGACGCAGCCAUGUCCACUCGCCACCCCCAGGACCACUGUCCUCAAGGACUGCAGACCAGAAGCCCUGUCAGGUUUGGAGCCUGUGAGCGGCCUGUGAUGGAACGUUCACGUCCUUACACAGGGACGUGGGGCACGGAUGGGGAGCCCCAUUGGAGGCCAGCCUCAACUACCUACCCAAACCCUGUCUCAGCAAAAGCUCAGGACUGGGCUGUGGCUCAGGGGUACGAGCCUUCUGGCUUCAGGCCCCAGCAGCAACCCCUAACCGGGGCGUAAAACCCCUCAAUGAUCAGGAGGCUGUUUUGGCCUCCGGGAAUGCUUGGCCAACUCAGGAGACCCGGUCACCGCCGUGGUGGAUGGGAAAUUCACACCCACAACUCACUCCAAAAGAUCCACUGUGCCAGCUGUUACAUAGCAUUUCCCUUGUAUUAGGUAUCAUAAGUAACGUAGAGAUGGUUUAAAGUACACUGGAGGCCCAGGGUGGUGGCCAUACUCUAAACCUAGUGGCUAGGAGGCUGAGGAUGGAAAGUCAAGGCUAGCCCAGGCAAUAUGGUGAGACCCUAUCCGGAAAUCAAAAAUGAGAUGGGGAUGUAGCUCAGUGGCAGAGUGCCCCUGGGUUCAAACCCAGUAACCAAAAAAAAAAAAAAAAAAAAAUGUAGGACGACUUUCCUUCUGAGGCCAAGGAAGAGGGACGAGCUUAGGUCAUUCCUGGGAAAGGAAGGUGGCCUGUGAGUUUGUGCUUACAGAGUGACAAUUUUUCAGUGCCAGGGGACUCCACGUAAGGGAAGGUGAAAUAGAAAAGAAUGAAAGCAACCCACUUGGUUCUGACCUGACUCCGUUGUGUGCUUGCUUACAGUGUUUUCUUUUCAGCCUCCUGAAGCUGCGUCUAUGUUGACAGUUCAUCGGGACCUUCCCAAGUCCCUGACUCUGGCCCUGAUCUAUAACAAAAAGACUCUGAGACGUAUAAUCAAAAUGAUUCUCUUGCUUAAUCAGAAUAUCUGUCUCAACAGGGUCUUUCUGACCUACAUGUGCCUCAAUUAUUCUAGUGGGUUUUGUGGAUUUUGCCUUUAUAAACUCUGUUCUUCCAAAAUUCAGGUGUUGGGAGAUCUUUGCCGCAUCAACCUGCUCCCAGCCUCUUGUCUGGCUUGCUCAU